CAACCAGCAUAUUGCGCUCAUCUCUAUUGUGUUCAUCAUCAACAAUGUCACAUGAUUCAUCAAGUGCUUUGGCGUAGCAAGGUGCCUUUUGCAGAAGUUCAAGUAGAGUGUUUUUAAUGUCCGCAGCUAAAAUGUCAGUUCUUCGUGUAUUACAUCUCGUUGACAAUGGAAUACUUUGAAUUGCAGAGACAUCCUUUUUUUUCUUCAAAAAGUGACGUAAUUACUGCCAACAUACAUUCCUUCAGGUUUUUGUGGAAUUGCUGAUGAGUUUUUUCGUAGUGUCGCUUCAAAUUUCCACUUUAACAAUAGCGACAGUUUUAUUGCAUACUGCAUAUUGCAUAUUGCACACUGGAACCGCUGCCCAUCAGGAUCCAUAUCAACUUAGGUACAGAAAGAAUUUUCAUCAAACGAACGAAAACGAUAGAAAUCUAAAACAAAUGUGUGGUUCCUCCGUUGUUUGUGCGGCGACUAAUGACUGGCAGUCUGCUUUCAGUUCUUUCCCACUCCCUAACUAUCGAUUUCGAUAAGCGCUCGUGCUUGUUUCAACAAAACAAAACAGGAGCAAGCACAUUGAAGUAAGAAUGGGACCUUCACUCUUCACAAUUCUUAUUAUAUGUUGGGCUCCAAGUAUAUACGCUCAACACUGCAGUAAUCCAAAUGUAUCCAGACAACGCUUGCUCAUUUACCGCAUCAUUGAAGAAGUAGAAGUUCAAAUUGUACGUUGCAAGUAUUUUGACAGAAGUCAUCCCGCUCUCACGUAUUUUGACAUCACAAACAAUUGCUUGAAAACUCCCAUUACUUCGAUUUUCGUUGACAAAUGGGAGGAGGCGAACUAUGUGAACUCACCCAAUUCUCUCGUUAACAUGGAACAAUAUAAAGCGAAAGCGGAUCUCAUUAGAAACGAAAUAAAACUACGAUCAGGUACAAUUUGUAGAUACGACAGAGGUUUUUGUUAUGAUACCAAGGAGGGAAAUAAUUAUGCCGUUGUGUGGGAAUUGAAUAAAGAGCCACACAGAUCGAUACAUUCUUGCCCGACGAGUUUAGAACAGGUACUCUACGGAUCUGUUGAUAUCUGGGACUUUCCAGUGAAACAAUUAAAGUACCUUUUCUACACUGACUACCGCACUGGUGAGGCUUUCUACUUGAGGCUAAUAAAAAAAAUUGAUUGCCACAAAGGGGAAACCUGGGUGACAGAAGGAAAUGAAUUUUUGGUGUCUCGAUUGAAAUUAACUCCACGUAUUGCAGAUACGAAAGUUUUGAAUCAAUAUUAUUUACCUGUGCAAACGUCCAAGAAGGUCAGCGAGGCUAUUAUGAAAAAUUGCGAAGUCCAUGAUUAUCCACUAGAUUUCAGUCACAGAUCAAGUAAUGAGUAUUUUGAAAAUCCUGCUAUGAUAAGACUUAUAUUUCAGAAACUCAAAGAAAAAUUUGAACUGGAAAUCAACAAAAUGUCUGCAAAACCUACCAAAGGAGGUUCUCUUGAUUCCAAUGUAUUUUUGAAAGAAAUCAACAAGCUCAAAUAUUACAAUAGUGAAAAAAAUACCCAACUUCUGGACAUCAUGGAAAGAAUUAGAUCAACAGAAAGUAAUCUAGAGCUUACUCGCAAUGAUUUGAUGAACAUCAAAAAACUCAUUGGUUCCUUCAACGAAAAAUACGAAAAAGACGUUUCAUCUUUCAAAGUGAAUUUAUCAGAAAUGAGUGAGAGAUAUCUAUCUGAGAGUAGACGUUUUUCGACGAUAAUAUCAGAGAAAGAACGUGAUUUGCUGAAAAAUUUCCAAGAUCUCACUCUUUUUGUCAAAAGUCAGUCAAAUAGUUUGGUGGCCAGAUCAGAAUUUGAGAGAAAAUUGUCAGAUUUGAGAGACAAACUGAAUACUGAAAUCAACGAUUUGAAAUCGAAACUUCUUCAGUCUUUGAAUGAAAACGAACAAUUGAAGAUAUCUCUGGAAACUAUACAUAAUGACAGUAAAGAAUGGUUAGAUGACUUCAAAUUCAUAAAAAAUGAUUAUGAUUCGAAAUUGAAUAGCAUCAGUCAACGAAUGAAUGACAGCUUAAGCAACUUUAGAAAUGAUUUUGAUUUAGUUCUGGAAAAGAUAACGGAAAAUGAGCGUGCAUCAGCAAAUGAUCAGAAGAUAGAAGAACUAAAAAAGGAAAUAGAGGAUUUCAAAAUCAGUUCGAAGAGUUUUGUGGAGAUGAAAUCAAACAAUAUACUUUCCACAAUACAAACAUUAUUAACCAAAUCUGUCUCGAAAGAAGAGUUUGCUCAUGUGAUAGAUCGAAUCGAUAUCAUCAACAGAAAUAUAGCCAAUGUGCAAUGGAACUUCCUGAAUAAUCUUGAAGAUGAUCCAAUUUCCGCUAAUCAUCUCAAUAACAAGUUAUCUGAACUAUCAGGAAAAGUUGAUGAAAAAAUUGACAGACUUCGGACUGAUUUCACCACUCAUUCAAUACAACAUAAGCAGCACUGCAAUUGCAAAAAUGAACUGUGCAAAAUCAUAAAAAAAUACGAAAAUCAAUUUGAAGAUGCGAAACGUCAAAUUUUAAACGAAGCAAAAAUGUAUGUGGAAACCAGAGAAACGCUGACUGAAACUGAAUUGAAUGAAGAAUUGGUAAAAUUUACCGAAAAGAUGGAAACAAAUAGAGAGCAAAUAAUUAAAACUCUACUUGAUAAGUUGAACGAGAAGGAUGAUAAAAUUGAAGAUCUAAAAAAUACUUUGACCAAAGAGAUAUCGAAACUACGAACUAAAAUAACCGAAUUCGACCAAGAAAACACGUGUAAUCCUGUUCCGAACUGAAUUUUAGUCAACUUUGAUUGACUAUUAUAAAAUAGGUCUUAAAAAUCGGAAAACACGAAACAAUUUUCCAUUAUAUGCACACUUGUCCUUUCUUUGUCGUCUGGAGUGAGUAUUUCAUAACAAUGGAUCGUCCGAGUUGACACCAAUUAUCUAUGGUAUUUCUCAGGAAUCUGUCUUGCACUCAAUAUCAUUCGUGAUAAAUAUUAAUAGUCUUUAUAGGUACACUGAACAGAAAAUUGUUGCUUCAACACUACACGUUCCAAUAGGGGUGAAUUAGAAAUUAAAAAUGUCUUGAAUAUC